AUGAAAUUACAAGUUAUUUAUAGUUUAUGACUUUACAAAACUCUCAUAGAUCGUCAUUACCAUCACAAUGGCUAUGGUAAUGAAUAAUGCUAAUGUUCAAAGUUUUGAUCAACUUCCAAAAGUCAAUAUUUACUUUCAUCGUGCGAUAUUCGCUGAAAUUUUUAGUUUAAAAAACUCUGCAACAAUUCGUACACCACACAUAGGUGACAUUACUGACGAAACCCUUCAUCUUGUCCCUGACUCAGGAAGAAGCACUUGAGGAGAGAAAGAAGUUAUGUAAAUUUUAUGAUAAACAUGUAAAUAUUUAGCGAAAUAAUUGUGUUAACGAUGGAUUUUUUUACUUGCAACUUGAUGUUUGUUUAAGACUAAGCCGACUGCUGGCAAAAUGGCCGGACGAGGUCGGCCUAAGAAAGUGUUUACGUCUUGUGAGGUUUCUCGGCACAAUUCACCAGGAGAUUUAUGGAUUGUCAUCGACAACAAAGUGGAUGAUAUUUCAGAAUUUGUUUAUGAGCAUCCUGGUGGUGAUUUAGUGCUAUACAAUAAAGGAGGAGAGGAUGCAACUGAAGACUUCCACCGCAUUGGACAUUCAGAGAGUGCCAUGCAACUGAUGAGCGACUACUGUAUUUGCAAAUUUUCCAAUAAUACCAGUUCUUAGAAAUUGACAGCAUUUUCUGAUCUUGUUCCUUUCCAAUAAUUUGGUUCCAUUGCACUAUUAGUCGCUUGGUUAAACGAGAGUGAACAGAUUUUAAGCAGAAAUUUCCCCGUUGUAAAGCUGAUUGAAACUUGUCAGGGAAUGUCAGACAAUGCGGAGAUGUCCUGUUCUGAAAAUCUUUACUUAAUUGAAAUUGAAUUUUAUAAACGGUGUGUUUAAAUUAAGUUAAAGUUAUGCUCUUUACCAUAGAACUAUUUAUUUAAGAAUAUACAAAAGUUAUUCAGCCAAUGGG